AGAUCAGCGCUGAAUUUGAAUGUUGCGUAACCCUUAGAAAGUGUGACUUAAGCGAAAGGAGAGUUACUCAUGUGUUUGCCAUUUCAACGUAAAUUGAAAAGCAUCAUUAAUUUUCAUCCUCAAGUUCUACAUGAACUGUUCUCAAAUGUUUACUGGUUAUCUGUACUAAAAUUUAUGCACGUAGUUCAAUACAUAUGGAUGAGGAAAGUUGCUCCUAUAAAGUUGAGAGAGACGUCGCUUGUAAUACACAGUCUGAUGCGGAACCACUUAUUGAUACGAGGAUUCUAAAACAUUGCAACACUGGAGCAGUUGCACGAAUAAUAGAAGAAUCUGAAUCUCUGGAGGAACAACAUAAAGUAGCCACGUUUUUGGUUGACCAUUACAUUGCAGAAUGUUGCUGUUUUAGCAGAAACAUCCGAUAAGUUAGUUAAUGAUAACAUCCCUGAAGAUAAAAGUCGCAGACCAUCCUCUGAGGAGAUAGCCAUUGCUUCUACUUCAGAUGUUCCCUGUUGGACAGAUAACGUUCUUCAUAUCUUUGUACUCAGCAAAGCUGGGAAACCUAUUUAUUCAAGGUAUGUAAGACUAAGGGGAGUUACUUUUCACAGAUAUGGAAAUGAGGCUUGUUUAUCAUCUGUAAUGAGUGUUAUGCAGGCACUCGUUUCUUUCGUUGAAAAUUCUGGUGAUGAGUUGCAGGUGAUCAAUACAUCUGAAAAAAAGUUUUUGUUCAUUUCCCGUUCACAUCUUAUUCUGGUAGCAUUCAGUCCAAUUUAUGAACCUACCUCCCAUCUGUUAAACUGUUUGAACUAUGUUUAUGAUCAGAUAAUAAGCUCUCUAACUCUACAGAGACUGGAGAAGCAAUUCACAAGGCAUGCCAAUUUGGAUCUGCGCAGACUUCUUGUUGGAGAUAGUCGACUUUUAUCUUCUAUCAUCAACCGUGUGGAAGAGUCUUUUGGUGUUUUCCUAGGUGCUAUCAGUUGUCUACCUCUGCCAGAAAAUGUUCGAGGUGCAGUAUCUCAGAUCAUUUGUCAUAACGCUAAAUUGCAAGGUUUAGUAUUCGCAAUCUUAUUUCACAAAGAUGAUAUUAUCAGCAUUGUACGUAUGAAGAAUCAUCAUCUUUGUCCAUCGGAUAUCCACAUACUUCUCAAUCUGAUCGGAAGUUCACAAUCUUUCAAGUCGGCUCAAUCACAUUGGUUACCAAUUUGCUUGCCUAAAUUCGAUGCUAACGGGUUUUUGUAUGCUAGUGUUACCUACCUUAAUGAUACAACAUGCUUGGUUUUACUUACUGUCGAUAGUAGCCAAUUUUAUCCACUCAAAUCAAUCACUGAAAAGAUAUUUACACUAUUGAGUACUGCAAAUAAUGAUGAGUAUUUAUCUUCAAUAUCAUCUUCGAAACUUCCACAAAUUUCUGAUACUGGUAUUAAGAAUUUACGACAUUUUGUUUAUAAAUCUACAUCAAUUGAUCAGUACAUUGCCAGCCAGUGGAGUAUGCCAUACGCUAUUAAAUCUGAAUUAUCUGCUAAUUCUACAUCUAAUAUAAAUCCAGAAAAUAAAAUUGAAUUGAUUGAUAGUAAUACCAUACAUAAAUUACGUCAAGGUGUAUUGUUAUCAUAUAAACGCCUUCAUAUGCGGUUACAUUCAUUCAGAAUACCGACAAAAUUCAUAUACAAAGUAACAACUACAGAAUUAUUCAUUGGAUGGAAAACUGAUACAUUUGAAUUGUACGCAACACUAGAACCAAUAAUUACAAAAGCACAAAUAGGUGAAAUUCGUAAACAGCUAGUCAAAUGGAUUGAAUCAAAGAAAACACAAUUCUUUAUACUUUCAUCGCCAACGUUUUAAUUUCUUUGCAUAUUUUUUCAAAAGAAAAAUUUUGUUUAAAAUGGACAGUGAUGAGUUAUUUUGUGCAUAACUUUGUGAUUAUUUCUUCGUGUUUUGCUAAAUCAUUUCACUUUCUUAUAUUAAACUUCUGUAAAGGAUUUCAAAAUAUGUUUUUAAAAUGUGUAAAUAUUUUAAUUGUUAUGCUAUUUAACCAAUAAACUUGGAAGUUGG